AUGCAAUCUUGUCCGAAACCCCCUUCCAUCAAAUUUAUCCUAUCGUAUUUGAUUGUUCACUUGCAUUUUAACUUACAGGCUCCUGCCGGAGAUGGACCGCAAACCGAGGAUCGUUAUAUGGUUUACUCAAAUAUAACUCAAAAGGUGGAUCACUUCGGUAAUUAUUCUUCAACAUGGAAGCAGCGCUACCAGUACAACUCGAAGUUCUACAAUGCAUCCAAUGGCAUAGUGUUUCUGAUGCUUGGAGGAGAAGGUUCGAUUUCGCCGCCAGGCGAUAAAUGGGUUAGAGAUGAGAGCAUCACCAUGAUGCAAUGGGCUCAGAAAUACGGCGCGGCUGCAUUCCAAGUUGAGCAUCGUUUCUACGGACCCCAGGAGAACACACCGUUCGGCAAACAGGACACAGAAUCUUUGAAACUUCUCACCAUAGACCAGGCCCUCGCAGAUAUCAAGGAAUUCAUCCAGCAGAUGAAUGAUCUGUAUUUCAAAGGAACGAAUACAAAAUGGGUGACAUUCGGUGGCUCCUAUCCAGGAUCCUUGUCCGCCUUUUACCGAGAAACCUACCCGAGCACCACCAUUGGAGCGGUAUCAACGUCUUCGGCGGUGAACGUCUUCGUCGAUUACUACGGGUAUCUGCAGAACACCGAAGCCAACUACAGGGCGCAAGACAAAAACUGCGCCACCAGCAUGGCCACAGCGUUCACGAAUAUGCAAAAUCUGUUCUUCAGCGGAACUGCUGGAAGAGGAAAACUGAAGAGCAAAUUCAACCUGUGCGACGAUUUCGAUGAGCAAAACCUCUCGAAGGCAAAGCAGUUCUUCUUUUCAAACGUCAUCAGCUAUUUCCAAGGGAUAAACCAGUAUUCUGGUGACAACAGGAAUACUGCCACCCGAAAUGGACUGGGAAUACCCAAGGCUUGCGAGAUCAUGACGAACACUUCAUUGGGGGAUGAAAUGGACAGGGUCAAACUUGUCGUGAGUGAAAACAUUCCAUAUGGCAAUAGUUGCUUCUGCAGCAACCUGACUUUCAUUUCCAUUUUUUAUAUCGCAACGCGCAGUUGGAUAUGGCAAACGUGCACUGAACUGGGCUAUUUUCAGACGACCGACUAUGGAACCAACUCAAUAUUUGGGAGUACAAUACCAAUAGACUUUUUCUCUGAUCAAUGCAUCGAACUGUUCGGUCCGGACUACACUCUUACUGAAACCUAUAGGCGUGUAGACAUCGUCAGCAAGAAGUACGGAGGAGCGACUGACUACAGGGGUAACAAGGUCGUAUUCCCGAAUGGCUCCAUUGAUCCAUGGAAAUCACUAGGACUUCUCGUUGGGAACUCUGACAACGAUAUAGACGCAUUCUUGAUUGAUGGUACGGCUCACUGUGCCGACAUGUAUCCCGCCUCACCUAAUGACAAGCCAUCAUUGACAGCAGCUAGGUCUCGAAUCCUGAAGAACCUGGAUCGAUGGAUCCAAGAUGCUUUAUCCCCAACAGGUAUUGCGGCGAGUGCGACACGCCGUUCAGGGAGGAGGAGAUUCCAACCCUGCACAUAG